AUUAAAUUAUUAUGAAUCAUUUACCAAAUACUGAUGCAGUUAUCAAUGCAGCUAGUAAUUAUACCCCAAUUGUAUCAAAUAUUGAUUCAACAUGGGUAUUGGUUACAUCAUUUAGUGCUUUAUUAAUAGUAUUGGGAUUCGCUUUCAUGGGUUCAGGAGCUGUGAGAUACAAAUCUGUUUAAUCAGCAGUAAUCACAGUUUUACUAGGGGCAGCUAUUACAAUAUUAUUUUUCUGGCUUGUAAUAAUAUAUAAUUUAAAAUUGAUUAGUUAGGUUAUGGAUUUGCCUUUGGAGAUGACAAAGGAAAUAAAUUCAUUGGUUUUAAUAGAUUUGCUGGAGCUGGCUAUAAAGCUGAUGCAAUGAGAGAUGAUUAUGCAAAUUUAAGUAAUUUGAAAAUUUUGAAUAAUAAAUAGUUUUCUAGAGUAUCGGUGCAAUAAUAGUAACAUCUUUAUUUGGAUUGGGAACAUUAGAAAGAUCAAGAUUCUUUUCAAUCAGUGUUUGUCUAGCUGUUUUAUCAGGCUUCUUAUAUCCAGUCGCAUUGCAUUGGGUUUAACCGAAUGGAUGGUUGAAUAAAUUUGGAUUCAUUGAUUUUGCUGGAUCCAGUUAUAUUCAUUUAUUCGGUGGAGUGACUGCAUUGGUUGUUUCAUUUUUCUUAAAAGAAAGAAGAGAUUAAGCAGGAAAUGUUCACCCAGGUAUAUUCCCUCAUCAUUCUCCAAUUAACAUGGGUUAUGGAUCCAUUAUCUUAACUAUAGCCACACUUAUUUUCAUUAAUGGUUCAAAUAAAUAAGGAAAAAAUGAUAAAUACGAAUAAGGAUUGAUAGCAGUUAAUACAAUAGUUGCAACUACAUUCUCAGCUUUGACAAGUUUUAUUGUUUAAUAUUUGAAAACACAUAAAACUAGUUUGAUUGCUCUUGCAAGAGGAAGUGUUGCUGGAAUCGUUGCUAUUUCUGCUAUUGCUAAUGAUGUUAGAAUUUGGGGAGCAGCUCUUACCGGAAUCUUAGCAGGAUUAACCUAUAUUAUAUUAAUUCUUAUCAUUAAAAGAUCCCAUGUAGAUGAUCCUGCUUAUACUAUAGCAACACAUCUAGUAUUUUUUAUAUAUCAUAAAUUAAGGGACCAGGAUUAUUAGGCACUCUUUUAGUUGGAGUACUAACUAUUAGCAAAGGAUUUUUGAUUGGAAAAGGAUUUAAAUAAUUUGGAUUAUAACUUGUAGGAGCUUUAGCUUUAAUUGGUUGGGCAUUAUUAAUUGCAUUGCUUGUUAUUCCAUUGAAAGGAACUGGAGUCUUCAAAAUCAAUCCUUUCCAAGAAUCCUAAGGAAUUGAUACCAGUUAUGGUAUUUAAUUUUCAUAAUUUAAUUAUAGCCGGAGGAGAAGCUAUUCAAUUCGUAGAUGAAAAACCAGAACCAGCACUUAUAGCUAGUACUCCUAAGAAGGGAAUAUUCCAAUGAAUAAUAAAUCAUUUAUUUUCAUAC